UCCACAAAAAAUGUCAAAUAAAGGCAAAUCGUCAGCAAGCUAAAAAUGCGCUGCUUCGUAUUUUUCGCUAUCACAAGGAAUUCUGCUCGAAAAACUCAUUGAUAAAUUGAGAAAUCGCGAGAAUAACAUUGAAAGGAGAUGAAAAUUGUGUUUUAACAGUGAAUUGUCAUGGAUUUAGUGGAGAAAUCAGUGGUGAAAAGUGCGGUCUGUGAAUGAAAAAGCAAAGUGAACUGUGUGACUGACAGCUGAGAUGGAGAAGAUUUGAGGAUGAGGUAUUGCUCGAGAUAUUUCGCGAUAUAAGCAGCUGAUAAGGAAGAUACUGUGGUCGGAAGUGGUGUAAUAUGCUCAGCAUGAGUAUGUCGUUUAAAUUUGGUAGUGGCGAGUCGAAGAAGGAUCGCGAAACGAUCCAUUCGGGGCAGUUUAUGGUGUCGCAAUUUGAGGCGGAGGCCCAGGAAGAUUGGGAUGAUGAGGAAAUGCCCGAUCCGGAUAAGCCCAAUGAGACAAUCACCGUCAAUACAUGCACAGAUAUCCAGCGAUAUGUUCCACGCACAAUACGUUUGGCAUCCAGGAAUCAGGAACUAUCCAUCGAGACAUCCCUCACGAAACUCUUCAACUGCAUGAAGCUUGCCUACAGACAAAAACUAACAUCACCUAAAUGGAAUCGCUUCAAAGGGAUUCGUCUUAGAUGGAAGGAUAAAAUUCGCCUUAAUAAUUUGAUAUGGCGAUGUUGGCACAUGCAAUUUAUCAUGAGAAAAAAGACUUUAUGUCAAUUUGCUUCACCACUAGACUGCGAUAUUCACAAUAAACCAGAAGCUGUUGUACUAGAGGGAAAAUAUUGGAAGCGGGAUUUGCUAGUUAUAAGUGCAGAGUACAAGAAAUGGCGAAGAUUCCAUCAUCAUCGUACCUUGGAACAUUCAAAUGCACUUGACACACUAAGUGAACGAGAUUUCGAUUGGUCAUCAAAUGACGACAGGAGUUUAAAUAAUAUUGACGAGUGUCAAUGGACCAGUGAUCUUCUAUUUUCGACUAUUUCACAACCAUUUCAGUUUCCCGAUCCUCGCGAAAUUGCAAGAGGAGCUGGAAUUGCGGACUUUAUACAGCCGAGUCUUGGGCCGUUGCAGCCCAAUUUGGAGGAUUUUAUGGAUACGGUAGAGCCAAUUACGGAGUUCUUUGGACCAUCCCGUUUGCCACCGGUGGUAGAAGAGGCACCCGAUGACUUACUAAAGUCAUUUAAUCUGUACAUAAUGGGGUCAGAACCGAUGGAAUCGGUCAAUAUGAGUGAGAUAUCAACGGGUGGGAAUCAAGUGCAAAACAAUGUGCCAUCGAUAGAGGGGAGUAAUAUAUUGGGUAAUAGUUUGGAACAACAGAAAAGUGGUAGUAGUGAGGUGUAUUCAAAUAAUCAAGGACUUCACUAUACAGGGAAGAUUCUAUCACAUGAUUUGAGCAAUCUUCAAGGGUCACAGGCACAGUCAUUCGAUGGGAGUGUUCAGACAUAUCAAAAACCACCAAUUGCCUCACACACAUCAAUGGAUCAGGCCACAAUGGUACAAACACAGACUGGACAGCAAUAUCAACAGACGAUGUCUGAUAAGGGUACAUAUGGGAGCUUUAGCAAAGUCCCCAGAUUUUCGAGGAAUUCCCUGAAACAGCUCAGUAAACGGGAACCACAUAACUAUGAUAAGGCUCUGCCGACACCCCAUCAAACAAACCUCUACAACCAAAUUCUCAUACAGCAGCAGCAGGAACAACAACCGCUGCAGACGUUGAUUCAGAUGCCACAAACAUCACCGUAUUCGGGGAUUCAACAGGCAACAUUUCAGGGAAGUAGUAGUAAUAUGGGUGCGAAUUCGCAGAAUGUGAUUCAAGUGCCUCAGCAACCGUUGCCGAUGUCACAACAGAACGCACAGACGCUGUACAACUUGCUGUCACAGCAAACACCAACUUGCAAUACAACGUACGAUCAGAGAUCAACAUCACCAACAAAGGUGCCCUUUAAUCAGUUCAAAUCAAUGUCUGUGGGCUAUCCAGGCAAUCAGAUGUCCAAUUCAACGGUGCCCAUGAUGAAUGUCCCAACCCCAACGUCAACCUUAAAUAGCAAUAUGAUUGCCAUCUCAGAGUCUAGUUCUGCCUCAAAAGAAAUGUACAGAUCAAAUAGUUUGCCCCUCAAUACCACCAACCUUCUGUUUAACAACAAUGGAGUUAAACAGGAGGUAAACAGUCAAUUUGCCCUACCUAAGUACCAUCCAAAAUCUAAAAGUCGCAGCCGAAGUAAUUCAAUCGUGAUGAAGGCUCAGCCGCAACAGCAAGUUAUCUCAGCUGCAACAAGUGAACCUGCUCUCCUGCAACUACUACAGCAGCAAGCGACCCCUAGUACAAGUUUAGGCAAAGUGGGUGGAUCACAAACUAAUCUAACCACCAGUACGAGUGCUGCCGUAACGUCAAAACGCCUGGAUUCCAGUCCUGGCAAUUUACUUGGCAAUGAGUCUCCAUCGAGUGGUAUUGGACUGUCACCUGAGAUCCCAGUGGAUCAUCAUGAGAUGGGUGGACCGCUGUCACCGUCCAAGGAUAGCAAAUAUCCACAGCGUCGUGUGGGACAUAUUCAUGCUGAGCAGAAGAGGCGGUAUAACAUAAAGAAUGGCUUCGAUGUAUUGCAAUCGCUGAUACCGCAACUGCAGCAGAAUCCAACAGCCAAGCUGAGCAAGGCGGCGAUCUUGCAAAAGGGCGCCGAGUACAUACGACAGCUGAAGGCAGAACGUGGAGCCAUACACGAGAAGACAGAGGCACUACGCAUCGAGAGAGACAAAUUGAACAGUUCACUCAACCACUUGCACUCUAUCCUGCCUGCCAAUGGGGCUCCCGUGUCACGUCAGAGAACCGGACGGGUGCUAGAAUUGUACAACCAAUAUGUCAGUCACAGAUCAAUGCAAAAUUGGAAGUUUUGGAUUUUUGGUCUAAUCUUCGAACCACUCCUAAAUUCUUUCAACUCCACUGUCUCCAUUGCGAGUCUCGAUGAAAUGUGUCGGACAGCGAUGCUUUGGGUUGACCAAAAUUGUUCACUAGUGGAACUGCGACCAGCUGUGACCAAUAAGCUGCGCUACUUGUCCACCAACACGGACAUCCUUUCGGCUGAGAAUCCAUCUACGCUACGCGAGGAGGUUCUCAAGGCGAUUUCGUCGCAACAGGCGCAGCUCCAGGCAAGAUCAUCUGCCACAAUGAAUAGCAACUGAUGCUGAAGAUAUAUACAUCACCACCCUCCCUUGACUUGGGAUCUCAUGAAUAUAGAUCAACGGUCGGAGCGUGUGAAGCAGGGGGCAAUUUUUUUUUUGUUUUUAUUUUUGUUCAUUGUUUUAGAACGUGUUUUUUUUAUAUACCGAUAUUUACCCAAUUUUCGUAGCUCUUUGUGUAUAUAAUUAAGUGUUAUUUUAACACAAUAGUUUUUUCAUUUAUUUUACGUUUCUUUCCAUGUUUUUUGCGAGAGUUUCUUUUAUUUCUGGUACAAAAAAUAUAUAUUUUUUUAAAGUUUAAUUAACGAAUUGUAAAUUUGUGGUAAUUCGUGGAGAAAGGAAGUUUAAGAUAAUGCAAAAAAUGCCUUAAGUUUUCUAUUUAAAAAAAAAAAUGUUUUUCUUUAUUUUCUAAGGAACAAAAAUAAAGAAAUAUUCAAGAUUACCAUUUAAAGAAAAAAAUUGUUCUAUCGAGAUACUAGAAUAAAAGAAGCUACUUAAGGUA